GGGAAAUCGUCCGCAUCAAAUUGGGACCCAGAUAGCACCAAGACAUCUCUGUUUCGACUUCGACGAUACUCCACAAUGGGAGCGCUAUCGCUCUUCACCGACAGCUGGAAAGCGUUCACGGCGAGCGAGAAGCGCAACAUCGCCAUCUACAUUGGCGGGAUCAUGCUCUACAAGUUCGGCCUUGAGGCGUUUAACGGUUCGAUCAUCGCGCUCUGCACCAACCGCUACGAUUACGAUGCGCAACUUUCCGGCAGCCGGGCAAAUACUUUCGAGCGGGUUGGAAUGGUCACCGGCUUGAAUCAAGCCUUCCAGUGCGUCGGAUCCAUUCUCAUCGCGCCACUCAUCAAGCGAUACCGCACCAAGAACGUCCUCGUCUGUGCCAUCCUCGUCUUCGGAUUGUGUACCGCCAUCCUCCUCAUCCUCGACGGCGCUACCGGCGGCACCAUCAUUCCCGCCAAUUGGACCAAGGCGCACAAGAAGACCGAUUUCGCUUACUACGGUGAUUACAACACCGAUGCCAUCAUCCCGAUCUACUGCGUGUCUGGAAUUGCGUACGGUAUGGUUGAGCUUAUCCGGCGAGUGGUCCCCAGAGAUAUCGUGGGCGGGAAUGUUCAGAAGCUACGGAGACUCGAUGCCAUGGUUCACAUCUUCUACGAGAUCGCCGGAACCUCUGGCGCCUUCUGCACCGCUCUGGCGCUGAUUCCGAAGCUCGGGAAUAACUUUUCCUUCAUCGUCACCCCGAUCCUCUUCACCUGCGCCGCCUCGGUGUGGUACUUCAUGUCCGACUUGGGCUUCGUCGCGCACAAGCCGGACGUCUUCAGCACGCAGCCAACAUACAUCAGAUCGGUUCUAGGCGGCUUCUGGUUGUUCUUCGAGUCCAUCUGGACCGGAGGCAAGAUAAUCUUCACGGACCGCAAGUUCAUUUGGCUGCUCCCUGGUUACUCGAUCGCGCUGUACGGCCACCGCUACCUCGAGAACGGCGUUGCGCCCGCCAUUGCGAAGAGAUACCUCGGGAACUCUGCAUGGUCGCAGAUCAUGGUCGGCGGAUCGAACUUUGGCGAACUUCUCGGUGCUCUUUUCGUCUUCCUGUUCACGCAGGUGGUAAAGACGCCCAUUCCCUGGCUGCGGCUCGACUCUAUGAUGCUCUUGAUCGUCUGGUACCUUGCCUUCUGGUAUCCACCUACGGGGCGUGUCCAGGACGCGUGGAUGGUAGCCGGCACUUUCAUUCCCAUCUCGUUCGGCUGGGCGGCUGGAGAUGUCUCCCUUGCCGCUUACAUUCAGGCUUCGCUCGCACGAAUCGAAAGCAAGUCGAAGAACGUGUCACCGUUGGGUGCGGUCAUGGCAUUCCUUUACUCGACCUACAUCGUCCUCUACGCUAUUGCGUCUCCCCUUCUGGGACGCUACAUCGACCACGUGUAUGCCGAGACCGGCGGAAGUUCGGAUGGAGGCGAUAUCCACGGCGCGAUUAAAAAUGUAGCCGGUGUUCACUUCACGAUAAUCUUUGCCAUCAUCAUGGCCGCGACUUUCGUGCCGAAGGGGUCGCUGUCGUUCAAUCCAUCGAUGCUGAACAACCAGGACCUAGAGACGGAAGUAAAGGCUCACCUGGGCAUUGACGAGCUGGAGGGCGUCAUCGAGAAGGAUGGAAGUCCGGCGUCGAAGGAAUAUGAUUUGGAGUUGAAGAGAAGGUCCAGCUCUGUUUAGGCUGUCAUGUAUACAUGGUUUUGUACUUUAUUAACUCACUGGAGUUUAUUUCAUUGAUGGGGAGUGCGGAGUGGAAGGAAUUUAAUAAUUCGUGUUGAGC